AUGGCCGCGGAGGGGCAGGUAAAUGCCACCCCCUUGCCCCCCCCCAUUGCUCACAACGCGCCACAUCAGUCCACCAAACUAACCCACUAUACCAUAGGCAAUAUAACCCGGCAACAAACCGCGCUCUCGCCCAAAGACUUUGUCACGCCAACAAUUAAGCAAGAAGUCUACACAACGGGCCGCGGCGGCUCAGGCAACAUGGUACACAACGACCCGGAGCGACCAGAAAUUGCGCGCGAGAGCCAAGACGUCGAGUCACCGCCCCUGCGUGCCCAGCAGAUCCCCCACCACACAGGCCGAGGCGGCGCGGCAAACGCUUAUAUCCCUACUCCCGAAGAGGAGGAGCACGAGAAGAAGAUCCAGGAACAGGAGGCGGAGCUUAUUCGUGUCCGCACGCAAUCUAAGGAUCGUGUUAGGGAGAUUGAGCAGGAGAGGCAGGAGUUGCGGAGGGGUUCACCUGCUUCUUAG